AUGAUUCUAGCUAACAAAUUACUGCAAACUUUUUAUUUUUUACUCUUCUCAUUGUUGGUAUUCACACAAUUGACUGCUGCUGAGAAUUAUGUGGUUAAAUUGAAGAAAUUACCAUCCAUUGGAAUUACAAAUUUGGCUGAUAGGUUAUUAGGAGGUGAUAGUGAAUUUUCAUCACUUGAUUUUCUUGGUUCUCAAAUGACAAAAACUUUUUCUAUUGGUUCUUUUCAAGGGUUUAGUGGUAAUUUUACAUCUGAUUCAAUAAAAAAAUUGAAAAAUCAUCCAUUGAUUGCUGAAAUUGUUCCUGAUAUGAUUUUUGAUGCUUUAGAUGGUGAAUCUAGUCAUGAAUAUUUAAGAGAACCACCAUUAACAAUAUCUGAAUCAAAUAUUGAUACUCAUCCCAAGAUUGUGAAAAAGAAUUCCAAAGAGGAAUUAGAUAAAAUUCAUCAAUUUCUUUCUAGAACUGGUUAUGAUGCUACAAGAAGUCCAUUGGUGGUAUUACCUAGUCAAGAUACUUGCUCCUCAUCACUGAUCAAUGACCUCAACCAGGAGUUAACCGAUGAAAUUUUUGAUACGAUUAUCUCAAAAGCUGUUAAAGACAUCAAUUUCUGCUGGAAUUAUUUUUACUAUUUCGGUCUUUUUUUGAAAUACUCAACAAAUAAUCAUACAGAAUCCCCUUCUAAUGGUUUGCAAAUUAUGGGUAUUGAUAAUAUGGUCACUGAAAGUUCCGAAGGCCAUCUGGAUUUUCCUCGUCAUAAUCCUAUGAAUUCUUUGAACCCAAAUGGUGACGUUGAUUCAAAUGAACCACAAUUAGAAGUUAAUGGAUUUAUUGCACAACCUAAUGCACCAAGACAUUUAGCAAGAAUUUCAAGAAAACUGAAUUUACCAAAACAUGAUAAAGAACCCUUUAAUUAUUAUUAUGAUCCUAAAAAUACAGGUAAAGGUGUUCAUGUAUAUGUUCUUGACACUGGUAUUAAAAAAGAUCAUCCAGAAUUUGAAGGACGUGUUGUUCAUGGUGGUGACUUCACUGGUAGAGGAUUUGAUUCUGAUCCUCAUGGACAUGGAACACAUGUUGCCGGUAUUAUUGGAUCCAAAACUUAUGGUGUCGCUAAAGGGGUUACACUUGUUGAAGUGAAAGCAUUAGAUUUUUUUGGUAAUGGUUCACUAACUUCUGUUAUUUCUGGUAUUGAAUUUGCAGUUCAACAUAUGAAAGAUCAUAAUAUUGUUGGUGUUGCAAAUUUAUCUUUAGGUUCUGGUAAGAACAAAGUUUUAGAUGAUGCAGUUGAAGCUGCAGUUGAAUCUGGAUUAGUUGUUGUUGUUGCUGCUGGAAAUAAUAAUAAUCCAGCUUGUAAUAAUAGUCCUGCAAAUUCACCUUAUGCAAUUAGUGUUGGUGCUAUUGAUGAUCGUACAGAUCAUUUGGCUCAAUUUAGUUCUUAUGGACCAUGUGUUGAUAUUUUCGCAAGUGGUGUUGAAGUUGCAAGUUUAGGUUUAAAAGAUGACCAAUAUGAAUCUAAAAGUUCAGGAACAUCAAUGGCUGCUCCAGCUGUUACUGGUAUGGUUGCAAUAUUAUUAAGUCAAGGUGUUGCUCCUCAUGAUAUUCCAAAGAAACUUUUAGAAAUGUCAACUGAAAAUAAGAUUCCAAAAAAGACACUCUUCUUCAAAAGUAACACACCAAAUAAGAUUUUGAACAAUGGGUUUUUAGGUAAUGAUGAUCAAUUCAUUUUAGAAACUGAUCCUAGUACUCAUAACAGAAGAGCAUAUUUGGAAACUUUUUGA